AGAUUUAUUUCAUCUAUCACCCUUCAGAUUCUUUUUUGUGGAUCAUAUUGAUUACUUCUUUAAAAAGAAUCUAGAUCUAUAUUAUCUAGAGUCUAGUCUAGAUCAAGAAAAUCGAAAAUUGAUUAACUAAACCAAGGGCGUCAGAAAGUUCAAGCUGUCAGCUCUGUCGCCUCUGUCAUCAGUGUCACUGUCAGUGUGCCAUUAAAUUAAUCUGAUUCUGAAUCGUCAUUUCACUAAGUCAGUACUACUGCGUUUUCGUAGGACUACCGUCGCGAGAUCUAGUCUACUCAUCUAUAUUCUAGAUCUACGUCUACUGUUAGUAGUACGGUAGUGCCAGUACUGUCACUGUGUUCAAUUUGUGCUGAUAUUGACAAUAGACUUACUAAGUUUAGAAUAGUUUAGAUAUUGUAGACAUUGAAUCUAGAUCAAAGUCUCUACUUUUCUAUACAUUCAAUAUAGAUCUAGAUCUAGUAUUGUAUCUACCUUAUUAUUUAUUAUAAAUUUAAAUGAAUAGAUCUAAAUCUAAGUGAUCUAUUCACAUUCAUAAUAGUCAAUUGCUCAACUUGUAACACAACAUCUAUAUAGAUUACUAGAUCUGUAUAAAGUAUAUACCAUCCACCUCUAUGGCUGGCCUUAUAAUUCAAGGCCAAGCCAAUAUGACCAUGAACAGAGUAGAAAACUGGCCGGACUGUGUUGAUUUUGAGAUGAUGAAUCUAGAUAAUAUAUCUAUAGUUCAGACCGAAAAUAUGGUCAUGGAUUACCAAAAUAUUAACAGAGAUGUUUGUGUUCACACACCAGAAGCAGAUUCAAACAGCAGUAAUAUUUAUUAUAAAUGUCACUCACUACAUGAUAAUUCCUGCAACAGCAGUCUGCCUCCAAGUCCGAACUUGAAUAAUCAUUUUAAUUAUACGGACAAUAUAGUGGAUGUAAACUACAGUGGAACAACUUGCAAGGAACUCCCAGAUUGCACAAAUGAAACAAAUGCUUUUCUAUUUCAAAAGGACCCACUAUUGGAAUCAGUAGUUGUCAGGUUGCCACUUUCCACAUCAGAUUCAGAGGAUACUUCAGAAACUCAGUCAUCAUAUUACAAUGUUGAUAAUGUAACUGAUAGUUUCAAAGAUCUGUCUACUAAAUCAAAGUUAAAAACAGCUAUAUUGAAUAGAUGCUACGCCGAAGGAAAAGAUAUUAAAAAAAUCCUUCAUGAAUGCCAUGAGUCUACAAAGGUAGAAAUAAUGCCCAGUGCUCUAGAAAUGGCUAAGGAGAAUGACAGAAAAGAAAGAAACAGACAGUCAGCCAAAAGAAGUAGAGACUUGAAGAAAGCUUGCUAUGAUGAAAUAAAAAAAAAACAUGAAGAGCUUGUCAUCAUAAAUGAAGAAAAGAAAAAAGUUGUGCAAGAAUUAACAAAUCAAGCCAGAGUCUUGGAAGAAUUUAUAAAUACUCAUGACUUACACCCUAAAAGAAAACAAGAGAUAGCUUCUGCAGCCAUGUAUGAUACUGACCUAUUUCCAGCACAACCAGCACUUAUUUCUUCAACUGACUCUACCAUACAAAACUAUGCUUGUCCAAAUAUAUUAGCUGCUCAAGGUAAACAAUCUGAGCAUGACAUAAGCUUGUCUGACUAUUCAGAAAAUGAAAUCCCAGGCUUAAUGUUCAACAUACAGCAGCCAAGUCAUUCACAAUCCAAUCAACAUCUUGCAGAUACCAUACUAAGCAAGCAGCAAGAAAUUAAUUGUUCUGAAACAUCAGAUGUAGAACUAUCUCCAGAAAUUAUAUUAGAGAUAUUGGAAUCCCUGCCUAUAAAAGAGCCAAGUAAUGAACAGUAUGUUUCUGAUCUCCAGUCAAAUGAGCAAGAUCUAUAUACAGAUACGGAUAUACAACUUGAUAAAAAGAAAGACUUUCGUCUUUCACUGCCAAUGGAACCUGAAACAUAUGCGGAGAUAUCUCAAGAACAGUACUUGCAUAAUUCUCAGGAAAUGGUACCAGUAACUAUAACAUUACCACUUUUCAAUUUCCAGCAAGAUGUAAAUAAAAGUCAAGCAGAAAUAAUUUUCAAACAAUCUGAAUCACAUCCUCAAAUAACCAUUCACCAUACAUCAGGAAAUGACUAUCUAAUCCCACCCCAGUUGGACAGCAUGGUUAAUCAUUACAAUCAGAAUGUUGGUUCUAUUCAACCUGAUAAUAAAUGCUCCACCAAUUCCCUACAAAUCACAGCAAUGAUAUGUAAUGAUAUGACCAAUCAUGACAUGGCUGAUACAUUUUGUACUGCAGGUGGAAAUGUUCAUAGUCCUGUAUAUGUACCUAUAAAUUCUGAAGGCACAACUUCUUGUGUGAAGUCCCAAGUGGAUUUCAAAAUCAGUUCUAAAGCUAGUCUUGAUGUAUGGCGAGUUGAUUCAUCAGCUUAUGAUGAGGAAAUGUCUGACCUCACAUCUUCUUUUUUAGAUGAACCACAGUCCAAAAAAAGGAAAAUAAAUAAUGACAAUUGAAGUUGAAACUAAGAAAAUAGUUGUGCGAAGAACCAGAUCAAAGGAAAAGAAAUGUGAUAUAAUUAAAUUAUUAGUAUUAUACAUUUUAUUACACAUUUUUCAACGUUAUUGUUUCUACCUACUUAGUUGACAUAGAUAAAACCCAGCAAAACAUGAAGUAAACCUAGAUUACUGGUCUAUAUUUAAGGAAAACAACAUUUUAUGAUUACUGUCUGCUAGAUAUAUGUAGCAGAGUUCAAAUAUAACCAAAUGUUUGUUAUAUUAUACCAAUAUCGAGUUUAAAACAUAACUGCAGAAAAGAUGGUGAUCAUUAGUUUACUGUUGUGAUGUUUGAAACAAUCAAUAAAGAUUUUAUCAAAUGAUAAUGAUAAAAAUGUAGACCUAAGUCUUCUUGAGGUAAAAGUGUUUGACUAUAACCAAACUCACUUGUUUUUAAAUGCAUUGAAAAACAUUUAUUUUCUAUGUAAUGGUUGACAAGUACAUGAUUAAUUCUUCCUAAUUAUUAUUAUUCAAAGAAGGAAUGCAUAUCUAAAACUAGUCAUAUAAAAUAACGUUUAAGCAUUAUUAAUUUUAAAACAUUUAUCAGGUUUAAAAAAAAAAAUUUCUGUAUUACAAAUAUAAAGCUAGAAAGGAAAUAGUUAGUCAUCCAAUAUAUUGAUUUUCACUGCCCAGUUGCAAUAUUUCAAUCAUUCUUAAAAUAUUUUCUAUGUCUCUAUUGAUUAUUUUUACAUUUAGCUUUAGCUUAGAUCAGAAUUUCUGUUAUUGUUUUAUCAAAAAAAUUAAUUUAUAAGUAUACUUUCUCUUUCUAAUAAAAGGUGUCUUAUUUCUCAACCUGGGUUAAUCUAAAAACAGUUUUCAGUCAAUGAAAAUCACUUAUAAACAAGUAAUUUUCAGCUCAAAAACAAAAGUGCUAUGUACAAAUUGUAAAAAAAAAAGUGUUAAAUUUCUUUGUAUAAAUUAAGUAUGCUCAUUUGAGAACCAGCUUUACCCAUUUGCUUUGCCUGUUAAUUUGUUCUCCGAUUUAUCACAAUAUACAAAAUACCAAGAUGUACCAAAACUAAUUUUUUCAAGAUUCAAACAUGGUCCCCCCAUCUCUCUCAUGUCCUUCCACCUUUUUCAUGCUCUUUCACCUCACUCAUGUCCUGCUACCUCACUCAUGUCCUGUUAGUUAUGACAGCAAAAAAAAAAAAAACUGUAGUCAGAUUUAUAUAUUUCAUAUAUAUAAUAAAAAUGCAUUUAUAAGUUACUCAUUUUGUUUCUCAAGCAUGCACUUUGGUUUUAAACUAAAGUAUGCUUAUUUAUUCAUAUAAGUAGGUUUUAAAAGAAGACUUAAAAACUAAUUUCAAUUUAAUUUUAAUCUUGCCUAAUGUCCUUUACUAUCAACAUUUAUCUCAUAAAUUUUUAUUAUUUUUUCAAUGUUACUGUCAAUCAAAGACAAUGUCACUGUGUUGGUCAAGGAUAUGCCUCACCUUUGAAAAUCUUGUGAACCCUCUAACUUGAAAAUAUUUUUAAAUAACUAGGCCAUUACUUCACUUCAGUUAUCCCUUAGUCUGUUGAAUCGUUGGGGCAAUAUGCAAGAUUUGUCAACCAUCUUUCUCCAUUCCUCUCUGUCUUUUGCCUUGGAUAAAAUUUCAGUCAAUGACAGGCCUGUCCGUUCUUUGAUGUUGUCUACCCAACACUUCCUCUCUCUUCCUCUUCUUCUUCUUCCUGGUACUGUUCCCUGAAGGAAGGUCUUUGUAAGCCAUUACUAUAUAAUUAUAUAACUUUGUGAGGUUUCUAAUAUAACAUUUUGGUUGCUAGCAGAAACUGACAAAUCACUAAACACUGAACAAAAUAAAAUCUUAUAUUAUUAUUUUAAUUUAUAAUAAUUUUGAAAUUAAAUUGUUUUAAAAAAUUUAUUUAAUCUUUUAAAUUUAUAGCAUUUAUUGACCUUUGAAAUUGUGAAACAUCUGAAGAAUACAGCUGGAUGUUUAUAUUGUAGGCAAAUUUGUUUUCAAAACCUUAGUAAACUAAUUUCUUGAAUCAAAUGCUGUAAUAAUUUGUUCACUGUAUUUUAUUGUUAUUGUUUUUAUUUGUUAUUCUGUCAAUUUAUAGGGCCCAUCAUACAUGAAUUGUCAGUAUAAUUAUUUUGCUAUUAUAUGUAUAUUAUUUAUGUAAGUUUCAGACAACAUUUUAGAAAUAAAAUGUCUGCAGGUGAUGUGGA